AUGGCCUCUUCUUCUGGUUUAAAUCGGCAAACAACAUCGUCAUUACUUUCUGCUCCUACAAGGUCUAAGGUUGCACUCAAGGGAUCGAGUCGCACUGUAGCCGAAUUUUUUGAAUAUAGCAUCAACUCUAUAUUAUACCAGCGUGGAAUCUACCCGCCGGAGGAUUUCCAGGUGGUACGCAAGUUUGACUUGAACGUGCUUGUGACAAUUGACAGCGAAGUCAAGGCUUACAUUAAAAAAAUCAUAGUGCAGUUGCACCGGUGGCUGGUCCACGGCAAAAUCAAGAAACUUGUUGUUGCAAUAGUAUCCAAGAACAGUGGCGAGGCAGUUGAACUAUGGCAAUUUGAUGUCAAUAUUUUGCCCGAGAGUCCUAAUACCAAAAAUAAUACCAGUGGGUCAUCAGUACCUUCUAAUGAAAAAACCCCCGAGACAGUGCAAAAGGAAAUCCAAGCAAUUAUUCGUCAAAUAACAGCCUCUAUUACGUUUCUACCAGUCCUAGACCCGGGUCUCUACACAUUCAAUGUCCAGGUAUAUGCAGAUGCAGACGCUCAGGUACCCACCGAAUGGGCCGAUAGCGAAGCGCGGCAGCUUCGCAAUGCGGAGCAAGUGCAACUACGCAGCUUUAGUACGGGAUCGCAUUCGGUGAGCACGCAGGUAGCAUACCGGCUAGGUGGUGGGGAUGAAGACGAGUAA